UUGUUGCAUCCCCAAAAAUGAAGUAGAGAAAACCCUUACAGUGUUUUCUGCCCUUCUCACGCAUUCACUUUGUUGCACCCCAAAAGACAAGUAUAGAGAAGAAAGGAAACCCUUUGAUAUAUUCCCAAGAGAGGAAGUCUUUGAGAUACUGAUAAAUUUUGGUUGGAUUUGAAGGGAAAGGAGGGGGAGAGAGACACAAGUAAAAAAUGGAUUGGAAUGGCACAUUACGAACCUUUGUUUCUCGACCAGAACCUUCUCUUAACUUCCUCUACAACUAUAACUAUGAUCAAUAUCCAGGUAUGGAGAUGAAGCAUCCAGGAUUAGCAGAGGCAGCUCAUGGGUUGGCUCCAGCCUUGGACAAGAACAGCUACAACAAUAAAAGGAAGAAGAAGCGUUUGACAAAUGGUCAGUUAGACUCCUUGGAGAGGAGUUUCCAGGAAGAGAUCAAGUUGGAGCCUGAUAGGAAAAUGAAGCUUUCCAGGGAUCUUGGACUCCAACCAAGGCAAAUUGCUGUCUGGUUCCAAAACAGGCGUGCUAGAUGGAAAGCUAAGCAGCUUGAGCGCUUAUAUGAUGCUCUUAAACAGGAGUUUGAUGUUAUCUCCAGGGAAAAGAAUAAGCUUCAAGACGAGGUCAUGAAAUUGAAAGGUAUGCUCCGGGAACAGGCGAAAAGAAACCAAGUCUCCACAGGUUACACAGAAAUCUCCGGGGAAGAGACCGUCGAAAGCACCUCAAUUCGCAGCUAUAACAAGCCAAGGGUAGUAGCAAACAACCAUCUUCCGAUCGCUGAAUGCAACUAUCUUUUCAAUGUGGACGAGUAUAACCCAGUAUCAUCUCCCUACUGGGGUUUGCAGUUGCCUUCUUAUCCCUAAUGAACUACUUAAUCUUUAUUAGACUUCGUUAAUUUAGCUUAGUCAGCUUAUAAUUUAGAACAAGUUGUCUUAGAGCUAGCUUAAUAGUUUUAGUAAAGAUCAGGGAGAUGUAGUGAUCAUCCCCUUUUUGGGGACAUAGUUGGAGAGUUAGACAUAACAUCAAUGAGAGUAUAUCAUAUAUAUGCACUACUAUGUUUAAGAAGCCAAAAGGCUGCUGAAUAUUGGAUCAAAGAGCUUGAAAUACUUUGCAUGAAUAAGGUUGAUUAUAGUUUUCUUGUUUCUGGUGCCACGUCUGGAAAUCUGGAUGUCUCCCACAUAAAAUGAUUGCUUUGGAAUAUAAUUUGAAUAGAAAAAACAUAUGAUGACGUAAAAUAUCCGUUUCCUACCAUUUUUUUUAUGAUAUAUAUGGCAAUCAAACAAAUCAAGUAAUCUUAACAACCAAUAAUAUGGUACUUGAUAUUGUAGGAAACAAUGAUACCGUUCUCUGCACCAUAUACUUUUAAAUGAUUGACCAUUGAAAGAUAACAGUUUUUUAUUAGAAGUUUGCGGAAGAGAAAUGAAUGACUAAGCUAUGGCCUGAAAGAUUUUGGCAGAUAUUUAGAUAUAAAAAGAUCAAAACCUCAUACGUAGCUCGACUCUUUCUCCUUGCUGAUAUUCACAACACCACCAAACCUUUUAACUUGGGAAGAGAUUGAGAUGCCCGAUCAAUUACAUUAAGCAAUACCAUAAACUUCAAAUCUCCCAAUAAAUCCGAAAAAGAGUUCCAAGUCAUCUCAUCUCCAGGUCAAUACAUAUAUGAAUCACUUUCCCAAAAGCUGGCAUCAAGUCCCUCAAAACAAAAGAAAACGUUAACCACCGAAGCAGCUAACUCAUCCUAAAUAUUACUGUGUACAGCUUAUAGCAUACACCUAGGGGAACCUUAACAGAACAGCCUCGAAUCUUAACCAUAAUGGAAAAUGGAGGGUAAAAGAAAACAUUAUAAACAGGAUA